GGGAAGAGAAGGGGCUGGAGGGGAAGGGGCUGAGCUGCCCACAUGCUCCCUGUCUCUCCUUUCCAGCUGCUCUCGCCCUGUGCUCACCUCACUCUGGACUUCAAUGUCAUUUGCAAGGGGAUCACUGUCAGACUCACUUGGACGAGCACCCCGGCCUCCAGGGCCCUCUUUACUUUCACGGGCUGUGUCACAGGCAGAGAUGAGACAAGAUAGUUUCUCAGCCCCACCUCAGCGCCCCUCCCCCGCCAGGGCCUGUGCCGCCCAAGUUCCCCUUCCGAGGUGACCACAGCUCUGUCACACACGGCUUCCUGUUGGGGCUCCCGUGGCCUCCCCCACAUUAGCACAUUUCCCUCCCUGACAGACGGACCUGGAUCCGGGCUCCUGCCCUGGUCCCUGCGGACAUGGUGCCUCUGCUGCUGCUGCUCCUGCUGUGGGGGGGGUCCCCACAGGAGGAUCCAGGGAUCCAGCUGCGAGUGCAGGAACCCGUGACGGUGCAGGAGGGUCUGUGUGUCCACGUGAGCUGCUCCUUCUCCUACCCCUGGAGAACUGGGUCUUCCAGGAAGAUGCUCUAAGUAUACUGGUUCCGGGGUUGGGACACCUCAAGCAACAGUCAUCCAGCGGCUACAAACAACCCAGGGAGACCAGUGAAGACAGACACCAAGGGCCGAUUCCAGCUCACAGGGGACCCCAGGACAGGCGACUGCUCCCUGAGAAUCAGAGAGGCCCGGAGGAGCGACGAGGGAGUCUACUACUUCCGAGUGGAGAGAGGAGAGGACGUGAAAUACACUUACAGAGAUAUGCCGCUGACUGUGAAGGUGACAGAUCUGACACAGGAACCAGACAUCCACGUCCCGGAGCCCCUGGAGUCUGGCAGGCCCGCACAGCUGACCUGCAGCCUGCCGGGGUCCUGCGAAGGGGGAAGGCCUCUCACAUUCUCCUGGGCGGGGGCUGCUCUGGACUCGCUGGACCCCAACACCCUGCACUCGUCGGUGCUGGGCUUCACCCAGAGGCCGCAGGACCAUGGCACCAACCUCACCUGUCAGGUGAAACUGCCAGGAGCUCAGGCCACCCUGGAAAGAACCAUCUGGCUCAAUGUCUCCU